AUGGCGACGAACGGAGAAGCCAAGCAGAACCAGAAUGGGAGACACCAGGAGGUUGGUCACAAGAGCCUUUUGCAGAGUGAUGCUCUUUAUCAGUAUAUUCUUGAAACCAGUGUGUACCCAACAGAGCCAGCACCCAUGAAAGAGCUUAGAGAGGUGACUGCCAAGCAUCCAUGGAAUAUCAUGACAACAUCAGCAGAUGAAGGGCAGUUUUUGAACUUGCUCUUGAAGCUGAUCAAUGCCAAGAACACCAUGGAGAUUGGUGUUUACACUGGCUAUUCUCUUCUUUCCACAGCUCUUGCUCUUCCCCACGAUGGAAAGAUUUUGGCCCUGGACAUAAACAGAGAAAACUAUGAGAUUGGUUUGCCAAUAAUUCAAAAGGCUGGUGUUGCCCACAAAAUCGACUUCCGAGAAGGCCCCGCUUUGCCUGUUCUUGAUGAAAUGAUUGAAGAUGGGCAAUACCAUGGGACCUUUGAUUUCAUAUUUGUAGACGCAGACAAGGACAACUAUAUCAACUACCACAAGAGACUGAUCGACCUGGUUAAGGUUGGGGGUGUGAUCGGCUACGACAACACCCUAUGGAAUGGGUCAGUGGUGGCCCCACCAGAUGCUCCUUUGAGGAAGUAUGUUAGAUACUACAGGGACUUCGUGUUGGAGCUCAACAAAGCCCUCGCCGCUGAUUCGAGGAUUGAGAUCUGUAUGCUUCCUGUUGGUGAUGGGAUUACCCUGUGCCGCCGCAUCAGCUGAUCAAUCUACCCAACCAUGAAUAUUGUUCGCCGGCAAACGAAAGAUAUCUUGUUUUAAUGUUUGGUCUUUUUCUUUUUUUUUUCCCCUUUUAUAUUUGUAUUUAAAUGUACUUUGGAUGGUGAAAGUUCUUAUGCCAUGAUUUUAAUUUAAUUAAAUCAAAAGUUAAUCAUCAAUCAUCUUUGUUUAGAUUACACCCAACUUCAAUUAAAGCUAGCUUGUACUCCUCCUCCUUUGUUGUUAUUGGUCAUUUGUUCCAAUUGGUCAUUGUAUUUGAUAUACCAAAAAAAUGGUGAAUAAAUGUUUUUAUAUUUCGUUU